CUCUCUCACCAUUCUCCUCUCACUUUCCUUCAAAACCAAUCAACCUGAAUCACACCUAUCCUCUUUGAUUUUCUCAUCAUCGCCUCCCUUUUGGAUCGUGUGCUACUCAUUCACAAUCCAUCAGUUCGUUUGAGUUUGCUUCACAUUUUUUCCCCUCGAAAUCAGCAAUGUCACGGCAAGGCAGUGAUCGCGACGUUGUUUUGAUGGCGGAAAACGACAAGCGGACGACGAAGGAGAAUAAGGCUGAUCCGUUGAAGUGGGGGGAGGCGGCGGAGUUGACGAGGGGGAGCCACGUAGAAGAAGUGAAGGGCAUGGUGAGGGAUUACAGGAGGAAGGUGGUGAGGGUGGGAGGGGAAUCAUUGACGGUGGGGCAGGUGGCGGCGGUGGCGGAGUCGAAGUCGAAGGUGGAGCUGGAGGAGAGGAAGAGGGAGGGAGUGGAGGCGAGCAGCGCGUGGGUGAUUGAGAGCGUGAAGAGAGGGAUGGACAGUUAUGGAGUGACGACGGGGUUCGGUGCGACGUCGCACCGGAGAACCUGCCGAGGGGUGGCGCUGCAAGCUGAGCUCAUAAGGUUUUUGAAUGCGGGAAUAUUUGGGAAUGGAAGAGAAGCUGGACAUACCCUGCCAGCCACUGCAUCAAGAGCUGCAAUGCUGGUCAGAAUCAACACUCUCCUCCAAGGCUAUUCUGGCAUCAGAUAUAACAUCCUCGAAGCCAUUGCUAAGCUACUCAACCACAGCAUUACUCCAUGCUUGCCCCUGCGUGGUUCCAUUUCAGCCUCUGGCGACUUAGUCCCAUUUUCAUACCUUGCCGGACUGUUGACCGGAAGGCCUAACUCUAAAGCCACUGGCCCCAACGGCGAGUCUCUAAGUCCAUUGCAAGCCUUCCGUCUAGCCUCUAUCCAUGAAGGUUUCUUUGAGUUACAGCCAAAGGAGGGUCUUGCACUUGUUAAUGGAACUGGGGUUGGAGCUGGUCUGGCUUCCUUGGUUUCUUUUGAGGCCAACAUUUUAACUGUUCUAUCCGAAAUCAUGUCUGCAAUUUUCGCUGAAGUAAUGCACGGGAAGCCGGAGUUUACGGACCAUCUGACUCACAGAUUAAAACAUCAUCCUGGGCAGAUCGAAGCAGCGGCCAUAAUGGAACACAUCUUGGAUGGAAGUGCGUACAUUAAAGCAGCACAAAAGUUGCACGAGAUUGAUCCUUUCCAAAAGCCUAAGCAAGAUAGGUAUGCUCUUAGAACUUCGCCGCAAUGGCUAGGUCCUCAGAUUGAAGUUAUCAGGUCAUCAACAAAAUGCAUUGAGAGGGAGAUAAACUCUGUGAAUGAUAACCCUUUGAUUGAUGUAUCGAGGAACAGAGCUCUUCAUGGUGGCAAUUUUCAGGGCACCCCAAUCGGUGUUUCCAUGGACAACACAAGACUAGCUUUGGCUGCCAUUGGAAAGCUCCUUUUUGCUCAAAUGUCUGAGCUCGUUAAUGAUUUUUACAACAAUGGCUUGCCUUCAAACCUUUCUGGGGGACGUUGUCCAAGCUUGGAUUACGGAUUCAAGGGUGGCGAGAUAGCAAUGGCUUCAUAUUGUUCUGAGCUUCAGUAUCUGGCAAACCCAGUAACCAAUCACGUCCAAAGUGCAGAACAGCACAAUCAAGAUGUGAACUCAUUAGGAUUAAUCUCGGCAAGGAAAACAGCUGAAGCGGUUGAGAUAUUGAAGCUCAUGACUUCAACCUACUUGAUUGCUCUCUGUCAAGCCAUAGAUUUGAGGCAUUUGGAGGAAAACUUGAAGAACACGGUUAAAAACACAGUGAGCCAAGUGGCUAAGAAGGUCCUAACUGUGGGUGUUAAUGGAGAGCUUCGUCCUUCAAGAUUUUGUGAGAAAGAUUUGCUCAAGGUGGUUGAUCGAGAACACGUUUUUGGAUAUAUUGAUGACCCGUGUAAUGCUACUUAUCCUUUGAUGGAGAAGCUAAGGCGUGUGCUUGUGGAGCAUGCAUUGAUGAUGAGUAAUGAUGGUUUGGAAAGUGGAUAUGCUUCCGUAUUCCUCAAGAUCGGUGCCUUUGAAGAGGAACUGAGGGCAGUGUUGCCCAGUGAAGUUGAGUCUGCAAGAAAUUCCUUUGAGAAGGGCAUUUCAGCAAUUCCUAACAAGAUUAAAGAUUGCAGGUCCUAUCCACUUUACAAGUUUGUAAGGGAGGAGUUGGGCACACAGUUUUUAACUGGAGAUGAAAGUCGCUCCCCAGGAGAAGAUUUUGAUAAAGUUUUCACUGCAAUUAGUCAAGGAAAGUUGAUUGAUCCAAUGUUUGAAUGCCUAAAGGAUUGGGAUGGUGCACCUCUUCCAAUACAUUGAGUGGACUUAAUUAGCACGCACUAUUUAUUAAUCAGUUUCAUAAAGAUGUUUCUUUCUUGAAUGGUAAGCAAUAUAAUAGUACUGGGGUUUAUUCCCAGGUAAUUGGCGAAUAACGUAUGUUAUAUCAUGUAAUUAUGUAUAGCAAGUAAUCAUUACGCCUAGUU